CGUACUUUUCUCGCUCUUUCUUUCUCUCUCUUCACUGUCAUUUAGUGCUUUCAAUGACAGCGAGGACUCGCCUGAGGCUACUUGGCACCACUGUCGGAGCAGCCAUCGCCACCGCAUACGGCGGUGCGAUCCUUCUUCAUCCUACAGUAUCCUCCAGCGAUCAUGGAGGCGGAGUGUCCCACCUUGCUGCCAUCCGGCAGAAGAUCCACGAUCCCCGUGCCGUCGUUCCAUCAAGAGAGGUCCAGCAAUCGUCGCUGAUCGGCGCCAGCUCGGCUAACCCUCUCGACAUUCUCAUUAUCGGCGGUGGCGCGACUGGUUCCGGCGUGGCGCUCGAUGCCGUGACCCGGGGACUCCGAAUUGGUCUCGUUGAAAGGGAGGAUUUCUCUUCCGGAACUUCCUCCCGCUCCACAAAGCUCAUACAUGGAGGUGUUCGUUACUUGGAGAAAGCUGUCUUUAAACUUGACUAUGGCCAACUGAAAUUAGUAUUCCAUGCACUUGAGGAGCGUAAACAGGUUAUUGACAAUGCGCCACACCUAUGCCAUGCUUUGCCUUGCAUGACACCAUGUUUUGACUGGUUUGAAGUAGUGUACUACUGGAUUGGCUUGAAAAUGUACGAUUUGGUCGCAGGAGCACGACUCUUGCACUUAUCAAGAUAUUAUUCUGCAAAAGAGUCUGUUGAGCUCUUUCCCACUCUAGCAAGGGAGGGAAAAGGUAAACGCCUGAGGGGUACGGUUGUUUAUUAUGAUGGGCAGAUGAAUGAUGCACGACUUAAUGUUGGAUUGGCUUGCACUGCUGCAUUGGCUGGUGCAGCAGUGCUGAACCAUGCCGAAGUUGUAUCCCUACUGAAGGAUGAUGAAGGCAAACGGAUAAUUGGUGCACGAAUUAGGGACAAUUUGACUGGCAAAGAAUUUGAUACAUAUGCGAAAGUAAUUGUGAAUGCAUCUGGGCCGUUUUGUGAUUCUGUAAGGAAAAUGGCUGACAAAAAUGCACGAGAUAUGAUUUGUCCAAGCAGUGGUGUGCAUAUUGUACUCCCUGAUUAUUAUUCUCCAGAGGGAAUGGGCUUAAUUGUUCCUAAAACUAAGGACGGACGUGUUGUUUUUAUGUUACCAUGGCUGGGACGAACAGUUGCCGGAACCACAGAUUCCAACACUAAAAUUACUUUUCUUCCAGAACCACAUGAAGAUGAAAUACAAUUUAUAUUGGAUGCCAUAUCUGAUUACCUUAAUGUUAAAGUCCGACGCACUGAUGUUCUUUCGGCUUGGAGUGGCAUUCGCCCAUUAGCAAUGGACCCAUCAGCUAAAAAUACUGAGAGUAUCUCUAGGGAUCAUGUUGUCUGUGAGGAUCUCCCUGGUUUGGUUACCAUCACUGGUGGCAAGUGGACAACCUAUCGUGGAAUGGCAGAAGAUGCUGUUAAUGCAGCUAUAAAGUCUGGGAAGCUGACCCCCACCAAUGGAUCCGUGACCAACAAUCUCCGAAUUGUUGGUGGAGAAGGGUGGGAUCCUGCUUCUUUUACAGUUCUUACUCAACAGUAUGUGCGCAUGAAAGUAACACAUAGGGGAAAAGUUGUUCCAGGGGUAAUGGACACUGCUGCUGCAAAGCACUUGUCUCAUGCAUAUGGAACAUUGGCUGAAUGUGUGGCUGCCAUUGCUCAGAAUGAAAGUUUGGGUAAGCGACUUGCCCAUGGUUACCCUUUUUUGGAAGCUGAAGUGGCCUACUGUGCUCGUCGUGAAUACUGUGAAUCUGCCAUUGAUUUCAUUGCACGGAGGACCAGUCUUGCUUUCCUUGACACUGAUGCAGCAGGACGGGCCUUGCCUCGUGUGAUUCAAAUAUUGGCAACUGAGCACAAAUGGGACAAGUCAAGGCAGAAGGAAGAGUUGCAGAAGGCUAAGGAAUUUUUGGAGACUUUUAAAUCCUCCAAGAAUGCUCAGUUCUAUGAUGGGAAACACAAUUAGCUGGACUUGAACCGGAAAGGAGUCACCUAGAGCUUCCCUGGGUCAUGGAGAGGAGCUUUAUACAUCUUUGAAAUCAAUCAUUUAAUGAAUUUGUUAGGAGCUAGCAAACUGUAUCCGAGUUUGAUAGCUUGUCCGGGUCGACUCAUGUAUUUUUGCUGCUUGAAAGUGUUGUGAGUUAGUUUUUUGAUUUGUUAAAAAACAAGAGAUAGCAUAGGAAAAAAAAAAAAAAUUUACGGUUUGAGUGUACAAAUAAUAUUAGAAGAGAAAGACUAAUAACUACACUCCUUUAUUAUCUCAUUUUAUU